UCGAGCGUAUCUCAAUAAUGGUGAUACUACUGAAUUGCAUUACGUUGGGCAUGUACCAGCCUUGUGUGGACGACAGUUGUGAGAAGAACCGUUGUAAAAUAUUGCAG